AUGAUCAACCCGUUUAUGGAUACGGCUCACACUCCUCAUCUACCCCCAGGAGCACUCAAGCUGAGUCCACCUCACAUGGGGGAUGCUACAUCCGGGAUGCAUGGACAGUCAAAUCAGUUUGUGGGACAAAGUAAUGGAUAUGGAAUGCCACACAGUCACUCACAAAUCAGUAGUUACGCCGCUCGGGAUUUUCUGUUACGGCGUGAACAUAUGGGAUACACCGGACAUGAUACCAAUCCGGCAUCACAUCCAGGUAUGUUUGCUCCGACAUCCGUCGGAUACCACCACUCCGGCCAUCAUCCCGAUCCGACGGCCACCAGUCACAUGUUGUUUCCAGGACUCCAUGAUUCCGGACACCAUGCUUCAGGUCAUCAUGUUCAGAGUCAAAUGUUGUAUCCACGAGCGGAUCAGUUCAACCAGAUGGGUGGACAGCGUCAGGAUCAUUUUGUCCCCUCACAGCAUCUCAACCAUAUGAACUCUAUUAACCCACACAUGAAUAUGACCCCGCAUGGUCCAGGUGCAUUUUUUCGAUAUAUGCGACCACCAAUUAAACAAGAACAUACCUGUCUGUGGAUAGAUCAAGACCAACCCGAACCCAGAAAACCCUGUAAUAAGACAUUUAGCACCAUGCAUGAAAUAGUGACUCAUUUAACAGUGGAACAUGUCGGUGGACCUGAACAAGGGAACCAUGCAUGUUUUUGGCAGGCGUGUGCUAGAGACGGACGUGCUUUCAAAGCCAAAUAUAAACUUGUCAAUCAUGUACGUGUCCAUACUGGAGAGAAACCGUUUCCUUGCCCCUUCCCAGGUUGUGGUAAAGUCUUCGCUCGAAGUGAAAAUCUCAAAAUUCACAAAAGAACGCAUACAGGAGAGAAACCAUUUAAAUGUGAAUUUGAGGGAUGUGACAGAAGGUUUGCCAACAGUUCAGACAGAAAGAAACACUCUCAUGUUCAUACUAGUGACAAACCGUACAACUGUAAAGUGAAAGGCUGCGACAAGAGUUAUACACACCCCAGUUCUUUGAGAAAACAUAUGAAAGUUCACGGUAAAACUUCACCAAUCCGAUCAGAGGAAGAUGAGAAUAAUUGUAGUCCCGACACGGAAUCACCUGCUACCAGUCCAACUACUACAAAUUCAAGUGCCUCCACUACGUCAUCAACACACUCCUCCCAUUUACAGCCACAUUCUCUCUCCACACAAAAUAGUCCCACAUUACCUCUCGUGCCAAAUCCUUUAUCUCACCACCCUACGAACUUAAGUGAAUGGUACGUGUGUCAAAGUUCAGGCGGGGGCAUGCCCCCAGCCCCUUCGUUUGACCAUUCCUCAGUGAACGCAUUCAGUCAUAUCGCCUCCCUCCACCCUCCAGCCUUACUACAAUACACGUAGUAAGAAUCGAACGCAUCGUAUAAUGCCAAAAAUAAAACCAAACACUUGAAAUGCUUUAUCAAAGACUGUGAACCAAAAUAUCAAUAAGCAAUGUCUUGGUGGCUGUAUUCGUUGUGUUGUUCAGGUUUAGAUAUGUAGUGACGUUUCCUGCGUUCGAAUUGAGGACAAGAUGAAUAAGAAGGUUCAGUGUGAGACAUAGACGUUGUGAGAUGAGGAUGCUCGAUAUGCUCCAAAAAAACCUUCGUUCCAGAGAUUUUUAAGCAUAAUCAUAGACUGUUUAUCAGGACAACUGUGUUCAAGGACUAUUUUGAGUGUUGCGCUGUGAAAUAAGUUGUGCUAUAUAUUAACUAUUCAAUGAAUUGUCCGUGAGUAGACAUAAUACUAUUAUUUUUGGUGCAAUCAAAAACAUUUAUCUCAAAAUAUAUCAUUUUCAUUAUCAUUCAU